AUAGGCGCCAGCGCAUCGUCGUAGCCGACUUACGGUGUCUGCCAAGUGCGUUUGAAUACCGUUAACAGCUCGUUCGCAUCGCCUUCUAGUUGUUCGUUCACGUGCAGUGUGGUAUCUGGCAUCGGAACCGUUUGGGCAAGUUACUUGAGUGAUCCUGGAAAGUCGCUGUUACUCUUCAGCGACGCUGUUUAUUGGAUUCCGGUUUCAGCAAUGCGCUUCUAUUGUCGCUGUAUUGUGGAUCCCGUUGCUUCUCGCUGUGUUGUGACUUCCGUUGCUCUUUCGGAGCGUGCAAGCCGUGCGAAAACCAACGGCAGUGUCUCUCGGUGCGCAGUGGAACGUGAAGCGUGUGCCUCGGCGUGCUUGUGAAGAGGAAAUAGGCGCCAGCGCAUCGUCGUAGCCGACUUACGGAGCCUGCAAAGUGCGCUUGAAUACCGUUAACAGCUCGUUCGCAUCGCCUGCCAGUUAUUCGUUCACGUGCAGUGUGGUAUCUGGCAUCGGCACUGUUUGGGCAAGUUACUUAAGUGAUCCUGGAAAGUCGCUGUUACUCCUAAGCGACGCUGUUUAUUGGAUUCCGGUUUCAGCAAUGCGCUUCUUUUUUUAAAGCCAAUAUUCGAUGAAUGCGCUUUGCUCGAGAAAGUAGCGAAGCUAGGGCGAACGGUGGUUCUGUGAUGACAGAUUCAAGGCUUGUGUAGAGGCUGUGGUUGUGUGACAGGUCAAUAGCUCAACGGCGUUGACGACUACGUGUCCUAAGGCAAGUAAUUGCAGGUUUUUAGUGCUAAAAAUUUGUCGUGAUGCUUUAGGCGAACUUGAAGGAUUUGGCGUAGCUUUUGUCUGCCAACCUAUUGCUUCUCCUGGUUGAUGUGGUAAACCCAACGUCGUAACGCGCGGAACCGGAAGUCGCACGCCAAUGCGUUCUGCUAUAAAUAUGGCUGCCUCAGCAGCAGCCACCCUUGACUUUCGCCAGAGACACCAUGGAGUACUUCAUGGCUGCCAUCGCUCGUGAGCGUCAACCUUCCCUCCGGAGAGAGCGCACGUUCCGCCGGCGCCUAGCCUUGGAUGACGUUCCGGACCAGCACCUGCGCAAUUACCGGUUUCCGAGGCAGCAUAUCGUGACCCUCUGCACGACACUCGAGCCUCGACUGCAGCGACCUACGGCGCGGUCUCACGCCUUACCAGUGCACGUGCAAGUCCUGCUCGCUUUGCGCUUUUUCGCAAGCGGGAGCUUCCAGACGGCGGUAGGGGACACGGUUGGCGUUAGCCAGUCGAGUGCGUCGCGCGUUGUGGCAGAAGUUACUGACGCCCUGUGCUCGCUCGCUGCGGAGCACAUACGCUUCCCGGCGACACUGAGGGCUGCUAAUGCUUCCGCCAUCGCCUUCUCGCAGAUCGCACAGUUCCCCAAGGUCCUGGGAUGCAUAGAUGGCACACAUGUGCAAAUCAAGCCUCCUAAGGACCAGGAACACGUGUUCAGGAACAGGAAAGGCCUGUACUCGAUCAAUGUACAGGCUAUCUGCAAUGCUGAAGGUGCAAUCACACAGCUGACGUCAAGGUGGCCCGGCAGCACUCACGACAGCUUUGUUUGGGCCAACUGCGACCUGCGGAGGUGCUUCGAAAGAGGGGAAUUGCCUGACGGCUGGUUGCUAGGUGACUCUGGGUAUGCCUUAGAGCCAUGGCUGCUCACCCCUCUAAGGUCUGCGGCUGGCCCAGCGGAGCAACGCUAUAAUGCAGCCCAUACCCGGACGAGGCAGGUCAUUGAGCGAACCUUUGGAAUCCUCAAGGGACGCUUCAGGUGCCUGCACCAAUCCGGGGGUGUUCUGCAAUAUAGCCCAUCAAUGUGCGCCAGAAUAGUGGUGGCAUGUGCGGUGCUGCACAACAUGUGUGUCCGGCAUGGCAUUGGCCUCGACGCUACUGAUGAUGACCCUGUUUUCGACGAGGGCGGGGAUGACCCUGAGCCACCACGCAUGCAAGAAGACACAGCAGCUGGGAUUGCCGUACGUCGCCGGGUUAUCGAGGCCAUGCAUUCAUUGGCUGUGCAGACGUAAUGACAUGACAACGGACAGUCAUCAUCAUGUGCUCUGUGGCUCAAGCAAGGGUGACAGAUGAACAGGGACUACCAGUGACUGUUCCGGGCUCUUCACUGCACAAGUCAAAUUGAAAAGUACAUCACAAUGACUGGAAAACUUUCAAUUGUACGGCGGCUACUGGUGUGCAUGCACUUCAGGCUUUGAGCAGCAUAUUGUGCUGUAGUUCCUUGCACUUCAGUAUGAAAAUGUGUUCCAUUUAUUGCGCUCUGAAAGCAAAGUGCCCAGCAACCUCGCAUUUUCCGCUCACAGAGUAGCUGCCGUGGUCGGCAAUCUAAACUCCUUUCAUGCUUGGUGCUGCAACCCAGUAGCUGCGAAGCCAGCACCGUGGGCCAUUUUUUUCAUUUUUUACUUUGUUGCUGAAGAAGGACACGCACAGCAUAAAUGAACUUCUGUAAACUCUGGAGCACGUAUCUCUGUGAAAUACGACCCUUACUGUUUCAUAUGUGCACUUUUCUCUGCUUUGUCUCCUGUAGUAUAAUGUUAUCCCGCUGCCUGCCUGUAUUCCCUUACAAUGGAGCUCUCUGUACAAACUGUUUAUGUAUUUUCAUGUACCAUUUACCUGAGCAAGCUUCCUUGCAAUGUCAAUAGUUUCUCAUAUCUGCAGCACUUUGCUCACGCUUUUGCUGAAUUAUUUGCAGCUGUGCAGGUAAUUAACUCUACCGUGCGUCUACUUGUGCUCUUUAAUGCAUCUGUACCAUGGUUCACCCAGCAGGUGGAAUAAUGGCGUGCUUUAGUUGCAAAGCAAGCGACUUCUAGGAGGUUGUGAGGCUCAGGAAAUAUUUUGGUGAUCGCUACUAUGACUGCGUUCUGAUAAGCUAUGGUAGCUCCAUGGAAGUGUACUCAACAUUCAGUUCUUGUUUUAUUUCAGUGCGAGACUGAUGUGCUUGACCAUAUUUGCUUUUUUGUGCUUAUUGCUACGGGAACAUAUAGGCUACCAAAUGUUGCUUAUUUAUUGUGUGAUCCAAUGUGAUUGUGCCCGGCAGCAAUAUAUGCCUCAGGACAGCGAGACAUUGUGCCGCUAAAAUUGCACAAUCUUGGACAUUCAGAACGCGCCAGUGCGCAACAGUUUUCGGCCACCGAAAGAAAGGGCAGCAGUGCAAGAACUGGGCACAUGUGCACACUUGCGCACUUGCACACUCCCUUCAGGAGCGUUUUUGGGAGCGCCGCAGCGGUCUUAACGUAUUGAUAUCAGCAAUGUUUUCACUGAAGUAAUUUGUUAAUGUAAUCUGCAAGAUUACAACUACUAAUGUUAUUCAAUUGGUGUGUUAGUGAAAGGUCGGUCUGCUGCGUUACACGAUAGGGCUUACACUGCUAACGAAAUUUUACUCAUUCAAC